UUCUAGGUUGUCUCAGGGGCGUCUUUGCACAGGCUGCGGUCUGAACUGGGGUCUUGAACGAUGUGUGUGUGUGUGUGUAUCUACAUAUUUAUUAUGUAUGUAUGUUGUUAAGACACUAACACAAAGGUUGUGUCACAGCAUACUCACCAGAUAAUUUGCAUUGAAUGCAAAUGCAAAACUUUGUUUCCCACCCACAUUUCCGCUGCUGAGUCUCCUUUGGCUGUUAACUCCGCUCGAAUCCAGAUUGCACAUAAAGACUGAGUGGACUUGCACUGACUUGAUACGUGAAAGUGAGCUCACAACGAUGACAACAACGAAUCCUCCACGUUACCUUCCAUUUCAGGACAGCAUGUAUGAUGGGAAUGGGGAUCAACAAUCAAUGGUUCAGCACACCACUGUGAUCAUCAGCACUGAGCCACCAAAGGACCAUAUUAUCUGGUCCCUCCUCUGCUUUUUCUACUCAAACCCCUGUUGUCUUGGGCUUGCAGCUCUUAUUUAUUCUAUCAAGGCCAGAGACCGGAAGGUGGUUGGAGAUUUGGAGGGUGCACGGCAUUAUGGGGCCACUGCUCGCCAGCUUAACAUCACCUCCACAGUCCUGGUUGCCCUUGGACUCCUGAUAUUCGUUAUUACGAUGAUAGUUGUUUUUGCACGGGUAUCUCGUUAAGCCCUCAAAGUAACACACCCUGACAAAACGUUUCCUUUUAACAGAUUGCAGUGCAUUGCUUGCUGCUGUGACUUUGGAUUUGGAUGAUAAAUAUUAGCAUCAACUUUAUAAUCAGUCUUCAUUGUGUCUUUUGCUAGAAAAAGAUACAAUUUCAUCUAUCUAUCUAUCUAUCUAUCUAUCUAUCUAUCUAUCUAUCUAUCUAUCUAUCUAU